AGACACACAUUUCUGACCAGGGCUCCAGUCCUGCAGGAACACACAGGAACGGAGUUCCUUUGCUUUUUCCAGAGGAGGAAGACCGUCCCUGUUACAUUAGUCCUGCAGGACCCACCUCUGAAUUAUUCUUACCCUCCCUCAUCUCCCCUGGCCCAGACGGCUAGAUGCUGGAGGUGUAGGACCUGUGAUGAUGUCACCAUCACAUGUUGGGGGCGGAGCUUAACUGUGGAGGAGAGAAGAGAUCUUGGCUGAAGGACCUGUGUGAUGCUGUGGAGGAGAGGAGAGGUCACAUGUCACCACAGUGAGUACACCAAAGAACAAACUGUGGAGAGCACCAAGUUGGCCAUUGAGGUCGGGUAUCGCCACAUUGACAACGCAUUUCUGUAUGGUAAUGAGGUCCAGAUCGGCCAAGCCAUCAGAUCCAAGAUUUCUGAUGGGACAGUGAAGAGAGAAGACAUUUUUUACACUGGGAAGCUCUGGAAUAAUAGCCAUGCUCCCGAGAGGGUCCGACCUGCCCUGGAACGAUCCCUGAAGAACUUACAGCUGGAUUACAUGGAUCUCUAUCUUGUUCACACACCCGUGGCGCUUAAGCCUGGAGAAGAUCUUAUGCCCAAGGAUGAAAAUGGGAAAUUCCAUUUUGAUUACACAGAUCUCCGGGAUACCUGGAAGGCUAUGGAAGCGUGCAUAGACGCCGGGCUGGUCCGAUCCAUUGGCGUCUCCAAUUUUAACCGCCGACAACUGGAACUGAUCCUCAAUAUGCCAGGACUGAAGUACAAACCAGUCUGCAACCAGGUAGAAUGUCACAUAUUCCUCAAUCAGAGCAAAUUACUGAAGUUCUGCAAGUCUAAUGAUAUUGUGCUGGUGGGAUACAGUGUACUGGGGUCCAGCAGAGCAGAGGGCUGGAUUGACCAGAAUUCCCCUAAAGUGCUUGAAGACCCCGUAUUAAAUACAAUCUCUAAGAAGGUGAACCGCUCCCCGGCCCAGGUGGCCAUGCGAUAUCUGUUACAGAGGGGAGUUGUCCCCCUUGCAAAAAGUUUCACCCCUGAAAGGAUCAAACAGAACUUCCAGAUUUUUGACUUUCAAUUAAAAGAGGACGACAUGAAAACUCUUGAUGGAGUCGAUAGAAACAUGCGUUACUCGAAUUUUGAUUUCUGGAGAGAACACCCUGACUUUCCCUUUCAUGAUGAAUAUUAAGAAAAUUAUGGAGCACAUGGUGUGAGAAAUUCGGAGCUGGAUUGAGAUGCUGUGAAAUAUUUGAUCUGCAAUAGAUCAGCAGCAAUACCUCUAUGUGUUACAUGUAGAUUUUGCUGUAGAUUCCCCAUGUGCUUAAUGUACAACAUUCCUUUGUAUUGCAAUAAAUAUGUAGCAAAGUAGCAACUUA